CCAUGUAGAUUCCACCCAAGGAAGAUAAGGCAUACUGUAUAUAAACCGCCAAGACUUGAACGAAAGCAGACUUGAACGAAAACGAAAAAGAACAUGGAUUUUAAUUUGCGAAUAUCGAUAUGCAGAGUUAUUUUGAUCUAUGGAUUAUGUUUUAAUUUAACGCAUGCUGCCAGCUUGGACUACUUGCGGUCUACGUUGACGAACUACUUUUCUGACACGCGCCAUCACGCGACAAACCCAAAGUACAAGCAACUCACAGCCACGUUUAUCUACGACGAAUUCAUCAGAUUUGGACUGGAAACAACGUAUCAAAACUUUGACUUUGACGGGGUCGAUUUUGCAAACGUCAUUGGAGUGUUAAAGGGGGACAAUUUUGGUACUUACGAUGACCAUAUUAUCGGAGUCGGUGCACACUACGACACAGUUAAGCUCACCAAGGGUGUUGACGACAACGGCUCCGGAAGUGCAGCCCUCCUGGAAGUGGUUCGACAGUUGACGUCUCUGAAAUCCAAAAGGAAACAUACGGUCAUAUUUAUAGCGUUCGACCGCGAGGAAUAUGAAAAUGCACAUUUCGAUGGAAAAUCGUAUGGUGCACUAGGAAGUAAAAACGGGAUCUCACAGUGGCUGUUACCAUGGAUUCAAAAGAACUACCCACAAACCGUUGGAACAUUUAGUCCCUACGGAAUCAUCGUCCUUGACACCAUCAUGGACUAUAACAACACUGCGAUGUCGCAGAACAUCCCGCCAGACAGCCUAGAAAUGUUUAAGAAGCUCUUUCCUGACGUUGUUAAGAACGUCCAGUCCGACAACCUGCAAGGAGAUUUCCUCGCGACCAUAUUUCGGACCCAAAAUGACAGCCGUCUCGCCAACGAAUUUCAUCAACAGUGGGGCAAAAUGGGGCGAGCAGACUACGAAAUAGAGAUGUUUGGCUUGGCUCCAGACGUAACAGAUGAUGAUUUGAAUAAAAUUGCCAAAUUGUUCAGCAGUCACCACAUCAACUUUUGGGCAAACAAUAUUCCGGCAAUAUUUGUGUCUGAUUCCGCUAACCUCCGCGGCAAUAUGCAGGCCUGUUAUCACCACGCCUGCGACAAUCUGGAAAUGUUGCUUAACGACGGUAACUUGAACUUCCUCGCCAAAACCUCGGACACCAUUGCGGCCACCGUGGACAAACUCUCGUCUGGCGCGGACAAACUCUCGUCUGGCGCCCCAGGGGUAGGAAAGACAGUUCUCACGUUGAUGACAGCAUCGUCUAUCUGUGUAUUUCUUAUACAGACGGCAUCAAGGUUGUAAAUAGUGGAACAAGCAACAGCGACGUUUACGUUUACACUUAUCGAACGUGUUUUAAAUCAACGGACAUCUGUGCCUUAAAUAUUUUUGCGUAUUUGUAACGUGUAAUUAGCAACUGCAAUCAUUAACUAAUAAGCGACCAUUUAUACGCCCCACACUGUUAUUAACAAUUCCCUAUUUGAUACAUGUGUUAAUUUGUGUACCACACUGUAUUAUGUAUUAUGUUUAUUGCUGAUCUUCCUGUAUUUGCGCGUUGAUGAUCUGAAAUAUUAACUUCAUGAUGCUAUAUUCUUCAAUCUUUUUUAAAAAGAAAGAAUGUAGUUGACACUUGUUCGUAGUUUCAUUUCAUCGUUCCUCAAAAAGUUGUAACUCUGUUUCUCUGGUCUCUUUCCUACCAUUGAGUAAUUAAAUGGUAAUUAAAUUGAAUGCGUUUUAAUUCCCUUUUAUUAUUGUUUAAUUUGAGUUGCAAUGAUAUGAGGUUAAAUUUUAUUUACACUUAUAUUUAUCAUGAAUAUUACUGGGCCAAGUGUGAGGUUGAGCGUUCUAAAACCGGUUUUAACCCCCAAUGCUUUGCAUUGACCGUUCCAAGGCGGUGACCCCAGCUUUAUUCUUAUAUAAAUAUGUGUUUAUGUGGUUUGGUAUUGUGCUGUUUUGUACUGUUUUGGCAAUUGGUCACUUGCCUUAAAUAAAGGACCAACUUAUUGUAUAUAAUGAGAAUGAAAUACUGUUCCAGCAGCUGGAGUUUUUCUUCUUUAUAUUAAUAUAUACUCUGAACUGAU